AAAUUGUAUUAGCCAGCUAGACAGCGUCCCGGCAGGGUUUGUGUGUUUUGUGACAGUCUGUCGAUGAUGUCGGUACGAAGAUAGGCAGCGGGGGACAGGUAUACAGAGGCGCUUUGUGGCGGGCAUUAGCUGUCACCUCUGUAACAGCAGGAUGUCACUUAAAUUAGUGCUGGGCUUCCUGUGUGCCAUCGGCACUUGGGCCUCAGAAAAUGACACCGCACAGCAGGGCCCUCUGCCGCUACUCCUGGUGUCAUUUGACGGGUUCCGAGCUGAUUAUCUGAAGAGGUUCCCCAUGCCGAACCUGAAGCUCCUGUACAGCCAAGGGGUCCUGGUGGAGCAGCUCACCAACGUCUUUAUCACCAAGACAUUUCCAAACCAUUACAGCCUGGUUACUGGGCUUUAUGCAGAGUCUCAUGGUAUCCUGGCCAGUAACAUGUAUGACCCCAUCAGCCACAAGCACUUCAGCGUCCACAACGACUCUGACCCGAUGUGGUGGAACGGGGCGCAGCCGCUUUGGAUCACCGCACUCGACUCCGGCUAUAAGACGGCAGCCAUGAUGUGGCCCGGCUCUGACGUGACCAUCGGAAACCGCACAGCUACACACUUCUUUCACUAUGACCCUCAUGUAACAUUCCAGGAACGACUGGGGAAUGUGACAAACUGGAUGUUAGGAAAUAAAAAGGAGCAAGGAGUGAAGUUUGCAGCUCUCUACUGGGAGGAGCCAGACCGAACAGGCCACACGUUCGGCCCUGACAACAUCACUGCUAUGGGCAAAGUGCUGAAGGAGGUUGAUGACAACAUUGCCCUGCUGAUGUCUGAGCUGAAGCGGACCGGCCUCUGGGGUCAGAUCAACAUCCUGAUAACCAGCGACCACGGCAUGGCCCAGUGCUCAGCCGAUCGCCUCAUACGGCUGGACGACUGCCUUCCUCCCGACAACUACACACUGGUGGACCUCACACCUGUCGCAGCCCUUAUCCCAAAGGAAGAUGCUGAAGCUGUCUUCAGCCAGUUAAAAAAGUGCCACCCCCACAUGAAAGCAUACUUGAAGAAGACCAUACCCGAUAGGCUCCACUACCGAAACAAUGCGCGCGUCCAGCCAAUCAUACUGAUUGCCGAUGAAGGCUGGACCAUAGUGCAGCGGGGGAACAAGCUGCCGAGAUUGGGUGAUCAUGGCUAUGACAAUGCCCUUCCUAGCAUGCACCCUUUCCUGGCAGCGACAGGGCCCAGCUUCCGUCAGGGUUAUCAGUUGAGCAGUUUAGAAAGCGUGGAUGUUUACCCACUCAUGUGCCGCCUGCUGUCAGUGCCCCCGCAGCCCAACAACGGCACCCUGACCCAGGCUCGGUGCCUAUUGGCUGCUGAGACCUGCGUGGAUGUUCCCCUGGUUAUCGGCCUGGUGGUUGGGGUCCUAUUGGUACUCACUACAAUCACUGUUUUGUUGAGGUCACUGAACAUCCGCCGCCCAUCGGGGUCCCGGCCCUUCCAGAGGCUGCAGGUCGACUAUGACGAUGAUGAUGACCCCUUGUUGGAGUAAAUGAUCUCCGUCACAGAAGUGUAUUCGUUUUAUUUGCUCAAAGCAAGGGCAAAGCCUGGAAGAAAGGCUGGAGAAAAAAGUGUGGUCUGUGUAAGUUAGUAGGCUUAUCAGUUACAACCCCCCCCCCCUCCUGCAGGCAUGUCCAUACAGCUUCCAGCCUAGCUACUUUCAGAUCACUACUUAACACUGUUCAUUCAUAGCUUGCACAGAGCAAACAUAAAUUUCUUUUUCAGGCUGAUUUGAAUUUAAAGGAUCGAUGCUAGUGGUGAGAGCUGGGUCUCUAACAGCAAUCUCAGUCUAUGAGUCCAUAUAUCACAGGGGCAGCGUAUGUUAGAAAGUAAAGUGGGGAUAGAGGGUGCAGCAAAUGGCCCAGAGUGGACUUGAACCUGAACCCAAUACAGUGCUUUUUUUCUUUCUUUUUUUUUUUUAACUAUAGCAAAACACAGCACUUUGCCUAAUACGUACACUCACUCCUGUGUUAACUGUUUAGUCUGCAUUAUGCUUAGUUUUCUGGCAUUAUAAUUCUUUGUAAAAUAUGUUACUCUGCUUUAUUGGACUGGUCCAUAUUAGCAAUCAGUCGUGGGUUCCCAACUGCACUCCUUUCAUGUGAACAAGCUUUCAGCUAAACUGGGAAAUCCUUGAUAGCAUCCUCUGUGUGACUGCUCAGCCUGAUUUACUGAGGUUAGGUUUAGUGAACCCAGAUAAGGAAAAGGUAUCGUGGGUGUGUAAAACUAGCUUAAUAGUACAGGCCUCAGGUCUGUGCACAGCUUCUUUGGAGUUGUGCACUGGUAUAAAUACAGCUGUGUGGUAAUGCUAUAUUAUAUUGUUGUUACUGAGUCUUCUUAAUGUUACUGCUGUUAAAAAUCCUUGGACUUGAACAUGUGACAAAAAGCCAGUGGUGCACUGUGAGAUCAGUGUUUUGGGGAAAUAUUGGAGAAGUCUUUGGUGAGAGGACAGUAACAUUGAGACUGAUGUUGUUAUUCUUAGAGGUGAAACAGAAGCUACUGAUUUAAGAGAUUGUUUUUAUUUGUUUCUAUCUUUCCAUGGGAUGUUUUUGUUUUUUUGGGUGGUAUGUGUAGUGUUAGAUUUCAUCAGCAGAGGGAGCCAGUAGCUCAUUUUGUGUUUCCUGUGAAAUGUUUUUGUUGGAAUUAUGAGUUUUGAUUGUGAUAAACCUUCAGAUUUCUUUAUGUACAGUUCUGCUUUAUUUACUCUGCUGUUCCCCAAGUCUGUCAAACCUGGACUUGUAAAUCUGAAUUUGGCACAUUACUAUUAAUUUGUAAUAUUACAGGAAAUGACUUCCAGUGGCUUUCUAUGCAAGUUGUUCACUUUAAAGUGAAGGUGUGUCAGGUGUCCAUCUGUGCUUCUAUAUAUGAUUGAUACCAAAGACAGUUAAUCAGAUGCACAAAGAGAAAAUCAGCACUUAAAAAAAAAAAAAAAGCGGUGUAAUUGUUUUUAGCAUCAGCUGGGUUAGCUGCACACUCACCUAGAUUUUUACAAAAGCAAAUUCAGGUAGCAGAUUGAAGCUUGAAGAGUAACUUCAGAGGCAGUUUUUCUUUCUAUUUAGAGGUCUGGUGUCCUGCUCAGGGAGUUGAGAAAGCACACGGCUGUUUGCAAAGAUCGAAAACUGUCGCUGCAUAAAGUCACGGCAUGAGCCUGUUGAUGUUUAACUUUCAUGCUCUUUGCAAAUUCUACUAAAUGACUAAACCCAACAAGGGAUGCAUCCAAAUAACUAGUGUUUUGUGGGAAUAUUGCUCUUAUGCUUGUAAACUCUACUACUGUCCAAAAAGAAGUUAAAGAACAUCAGUGAGACUGCUGCUAAAUCCUCACCAGAGCACUGGAUGGACAUUUAUUUAACAUGUUUGUUGUUUAGUAACAUUUGCUGCAAACCACAGUGCCCAGCUGUGUGUGGGAGUUAUUUCAUGUAUUUUUUUUUUUUUUUUUCUUUUUUGGUACAUUUCAAGAGAUUUAUCAACUGUAACCACACUGUAGAGUAUCAUAAAAUUUGCAGUCCAGUGCAGUGCUGCUUGCGUACGUCUUUAACCACUUAAAAUGCGAAUGCUGUAAAUUCAUAACACUAGCUGUUCACUCUCCUGCAUCUAGCACAUACAAUUACUUCUGAUGGCUUUAUAUAGUCUGCACACACGGGCAGCUGUUGCUCAGGAAAUAGAGCGAGUUGUGAGCUGUUAAAUUCACUGGUGUUGUGACAAACGCAGCACAGAAGCCUCUGUCUCAAUUUAUUAUUAUUUUUUUUACAGCUGUCAUAUUUCUGUGUGUUUAUAUGCUACUUGUAUGCUGUAUCUUUGCACUCUUAUAUUAAGGCUUGAUCCUCAAAGUUACUGUUUUCCAGAGUAUAAAUUAAAUUGGUACUAUGCAAAUUGUGCUUGACUUAUCAAGAGAUUUGAUGAGUUAGAAAAAAUAAAAAUGAUUGCAAAAUGAAGUCUGAUUCUUUGUGCGGUGAUUCAAAGGAGUAUUAAAGCCCCUUAUGUUAGCUGGGGUUGGAAAGAACAAGUGAGACACGUUUGGAAAAAUUAAUUUGUAUUCCUUUAUAUUUUUUUUUCUCAGU